UCGCCGCGCAUGCGCAAAUUUGUGGUCCGGACAGGAGGCUGCACACCCGUGCGGGCCGUGGGCUGGAAAUACAUUGCGCCUGCGCACGGCCGCGGGCGAGGCCCACUUGAGUUUUGCAGGAGUUACGUCCUUUCUCAGGCCUUGCGCCCACGCGGUACUGCCCGUGAGUGAACCCGGGGGCCUAGGGUUGAGUUUGGCGUUGUUCUGGGACCGCCGUGCCUACGAGUUGCUCAGCCUCUUAAGCUUCUGAGUUCAGGGCGCCUUGACUGGCGACCCAGCCUGAGAGUUUACCUUUCCUCCCACUCCGCUCAGUGGAUCAAACUCAGGUCCUUGGGCUUGCGCAGCAGGCAUUGAAACCACUGAGCUAAAUACCCGGCCUGUUCUUUAUGAGAUUAAGAAUGGAUAUAUUUGCCACUUUAUAAAGACUGUCUUCUUGUGUGCUAGUCUUCAACUGUUCUUACUAACCUUGUUAUAGAAGACAGCUUUACAAGGACCUAGGAGGAACAAGAUUACAGAUGACAGAAUACCGGGCUUCAGAAAUAUAAAACAAUCAGCAAAUCAUAUAUUCUUCAGUGGAUCUGAGAAUUGAUAAAUCUGCUCUUCACAGUGAUUUGGAACUUUAUAAUCCCAGAGAAAACUUGACCAAGGGACUGCACAGGACUGAGUCCAUAUGGAAGAAGAACUUCCUCUUUUCUAUGGAGACAGUGGCAAGAUGCCAGCAACAGGUGGGGGAAGUGGACCAGAUGUGAGUCAAGUAGCAAAAGAACACUGGCCUGGGAUUAAUUAUCAUCUCAAGUAGUGAUUUGUCCAUUGCCUAUGCUGUUCUUGCUCAGCCAGUCCCUUCCUGACAGGAAGGCACAGAAUGGUUAGGGGUUUCUGCAGAGAUAGCUGCUGGAAUGCAGAGUAACUGUCAGGUGAUUGAGGCGCCUACAAGAGCUGUGUGGUGAAUCCUUUCACAUUGUCUUAAUGAAAAUAUAAAAAGUAAAAAGCAGACUUCCUAGAAAAUAAGAUUGCUUCAUCAUAUAAGGAGCCAGUGCAGGCUACUCUGUCAUCUUUGAAGAUGUUAGACGUGGGAAAGUGGCCAAUUUUUUCCCUUUGUUCUGAGGAAGAGCUGCAGUUAAUCCGUCAGGCUUGUGUCUUUGGCAAUGCUGGCAAUGAAGUUUUAUAUACUACGAUAAAUGAUGAGAUUUUUGUGCUUGGCACAAACUGCAGUGGCUGUCUGGGGUUAGGUGAUGUCCAGAGCACCCUUGAACCUCGGAGACUGGAUUCUUUGAGUGACAAAAAGAUAGCUUGCCUCAGCUAUGGGAGUGGUCCACACAUCAUCCUUGCAACAACAGAAGGAGAAGUCUUUACCUGGGGUCAUAAUGGAUAUACGCAGCUGGGCAAUGGAACAACUAAUCAUGGUUUAGUGCCCUGUCAGGUCUCUACUAAUUUGUCAAACAAACAAGUCAUUGAAGUUGCCUGUGGGUCUUACCAUUCUUUGGUCCUAACAUCUGAUGGAGAGGUGUAUGCCUGGGGCUAUAAUAACUCUGGGCAGGUAGGAUCUGGAUCCACAGCUAAUCAGGCGAUCCCUCGAAGAGUCACUGGCUGCUUACAGAAUAAAGUUGUUGUGAACAUAGCAUGUGGGCAGAUGUGCUCAGUGGCAGUGGUGGACACUGGGGAGGUCUAUGUCUGGGGUUACAAUGGGAAUGGGCAGCUGGGACUUGGCAGCAGUGGCAACCAGCCAACCCCCUGUAGAGUGGCAGCCUUGCAGGGCAUUCGUGUGCAGCGGGUUGCCUGUGGCUUCGCACAUACAUUAGUAUUAACAGAUGAAGGUCAAGUGUAUGCUUGGGGUGCAAAUUCUUAUGGCCAGUUGGGCACUGGAAAUAAAAGUAACCAGUCCUAUCCAACCCCUGUCGUUGUGGAAAAGGACAGGAUCAUAGAGAUCGCAGCCUGUCACUCCACCCACACGUCCGCCGCCAAGACCCAGGGUGGGCACGUGUACAUGUGGGGCCAGUGCCGGGGCCAGUCAGUGAUCCUCCCUCACCUCACCCACUUCUCCUGCACCGACGACGUGUUUGCCUGCUUUGCCAGUCCUGCUGUUACCUGGCGCCUCCUCUCUGUGGAACCUGAUGACCACCUCACUGUGGCCGAGUCACUGAAGAGGGAAUUUGACAACCCAGAUACUGCAGAUCUGAAGUUUCUGGUUGAUGGAAAGUACAUUUAUGCACAUAAAGUCCUCCUCAAAAUUAGGUGUGAGCAUUUUCGUUCUUCGUUGGAAGACAGUGAGGAUGAUACUGUAGAAAUGAGUGAAUUUUCAUAUCCUGUAUACCGAGCCUUCCUGGAAUAUCUGUACACAGACAGCAUCAGUCUUUCUCCUGAGGAGGCAGUAGGAUUACUAGAUUUGGCUACAUUUUAUAGAGAAAAUCGUUUGAAAAAGCUCUGCCAACAAACCAUCAAGCAAGGAAUCUGCGAGGAGAACGCCAUCGCUCUUCUCUCUGCUGCUGUGAAAUAUGAUGCCCAGGAUUUAGAAGAAUUCUGCUUCAGGUUUUGCAUAAACCAUAUGACUGUUGUAACACAAACUUCAGGCUUUGCAGAAAUGGACCACGAUCUCUUGAAGAACUUCAUCAGCAAAGCCAGCAGAGUUGGAGCAUUUAAAAAUUGAUCCUUACCUGCACAAAAGGACAGAGUUUUUGUGACUUUCUAUUUCCCCUGCAGAAAAGCCAGUGAUGAAUAAUUCUCCUUAGCAACAUUUAUGAUGAGCUACAUUUGGUUUAUGUCAAGAGAAUGAUAAUUGGUCUUUGCCAUCUGCUGAAAUCAGAGUUUACAUAGAAAGCAUUGAAUGGUCUGAUUAGAUAUGGCAGUGCUUAAGGAAAACUAUGCAAAUGUCUUUUUUUUUUUUGGUUCCUGGGAUCGAACUCUGGUCCUUGCGCUUGCGAGGCAGGCGGCGAAACCACUGAGCUAAAUCCCUGGCCCGCAAAUGUCUUAUUAUAUUUGCCUUUUUUUUUCUUUUGAGUCACUUAAUUUGGAUAGCUUUGGUACAUUGGUAUAUUGGUUGGUGCCAUUCUGGCCAAAUGUUCCAUUAUUCAGCUGGUGGAUACUAUAAAGCUAGAUAAGCAUUGCUGUCACUACCACAUUUUCAGAUCCAGCACAGUACCUUGCAUAUAAUAGGCAUGCAAGUAAUUUAUUGUAAAUAUUAAAGGUGGCUUGAAAACAGAUUUGUUUAUGGAAUACUGGAUGAAGGAAUAAGUUACACAAAUUUAAAAUAGCCUAUAAUUAUUGAGGUUCAUAUUCUUCUGAUACAUUGUUCUGAGGAAUAGUGAUUAAUUUAGUGCAGUGAUGGUGAACCUUUUAGAGCUUUCAAUGAUAAUAGCCCACUGUGGCACAUGUGCCAUAAGUUCACCACCACUGAAGUAAAGCAUUAAUUAGAAUUCACAAAAGGCCUUAGCAGCUAAAUUGUCAAAGGCUCAAGGGCUAAUUUUAAUUUUCUAUUAAUUCUGAGUCUUUGAUUUCUCAUGAGAUUAUUGAAAUAUUAUCUCUCUACAAAGGUUAUUUCAGGGCUCAUCUGCCUUACACAAUUGUAUACAUUUCUUUGUGUUAAGGAGAAUUUGCUUUUGUAAGUAAAAAUGAUUGUGUUUUUCUUGUAGUUGACUUUUAUGUCACUAUAAAACAGGUCUCAACAUGACACUAGUGUAAUUGUUCUAGAUGAAAAGGAAGUAAUACAUUUCAUGGACAGCAUUCACAAGACACAGAUAUUUAUACUUUUUAGAUCAAAACAAGUUACCCAAUUGUAAAAAAGAAACUAGAAUGGGAAGUAGUGUCUGAUUCUUCUAAUAUUGUGUCACAAUAUGAUGUUAUGUAAAGAAAACCCUUUAGAAUUAGAAGUCUUGUUCUGAUGCUGAACUAUUUGAUAAUAAAGUUGCCAAUUUGCACAUAAUAGAACAAAUGUGGUUUUUUAAUCUCUAAGAAGCAGCAGAAUUGUAUAAUAUUGACUUAAUUCCUCUUAUAUAUAAAUCCAUUUAAUAAACUGUACAUUUUAAAAACUGUUAUUCAGAUAAAAUUUCUUAAGAAAGCCUACACAAAAACAUAAAUGGCUUAUAAAACAAACCCAAUCAUUAUUCAUAUUAUUGCUUUUUACUGACAAGGUUACUUUUCUUUUUUCCAGUACCAGGGAUUGAACUCAGGACCUUGUGCUUGUGAGGCAGGCGCAGCACCACUGAGCUGAAUCCCCAGCCCAUGGUGAGGUUACUUAUAAGACAUUUUUAAGAGCAAUUUUAAGUUUACAUCAAAACUGAGAGGAAGGCAGAGAUUUCCCAUUUAUCCUCCGCCUCCACACAUACAUAGCUUCUCUCAUUAUCAGCAUCCUUCAGCAGAGGGAUAUAUUUGUUAUAAUUGACAUAUCGGCAUCACUUGAAGUUCAUAGUUACAUUAGGGUUCACUGUUGGUGUUAUACAUUCUAUGGAUUUGGACAAAUGUAGAAUAGCAUGGAGCCAGCAUUAAUAGUUUCACUGCCCUAUAAAACGCUUGUGCUCCACCUAUUUAUCCCUUCCCUGUCCCAACCCCUGGCAGCACUGACACUUUUACUGUCUCCAUAGUUUCCUGACGGUCAUGGCAUUGAUCUCUUAAAGUAUGGUAGCCUUUUCACAUUUUUUUUUUCAUUUAGGGGUAUGCAUUUCAGGUUCCCUCAUGCCUUUUUAUGGCUUGAUGGCCAUUUCUUUCUUAGUACUGUUUCAGUGUGACUAUACCACAGUUUAUUCAGUCAUUUAUUGAAGGACAACUUGGUUGCUUCUAAGUUUUGGCCAUUAUGAAUGAAGCUGCUACAACCAACCAGGUACAACUUUGUGUAGACAUAAAUUUUCAACUUCUUUUGGCAAAUGCCAAGUAGUAUGAUUGCUGUUUGUAUCUUAAGAGGAUAUUUAGUUUUUAAAGAAACUGCCAAACUGCUUUCCAAAAUGGCUGUACUAUUUUGCAUUCCGACCAGAAAUGAAUGGGAGUUCCUUUUGCGACAUCCCCAUCAGUGUCUAGUGUUGUCGAUAUUCCAGAUUCUGGCUAUUCUAAUAGGUCUGUAGUGCUGUCUCAAUGUUGUUUUAGUUUGUAUUUCCCUGAUGACAUAGGAUAUGGGACAUUUUUUUAUAUACUUACUUGCCAUCUGUGUAUCUUAUGACUGUUUACAUUUUUGACCCAUUUUUAAAUAAAGUUGUUUUCCUGCUGCUUGA